ACACACGCACAGCUUUCAUAGACAUUGCUGGAAGCUGCGAUCGGCCACUCUCGGAUCCCCCUCGUGCUUCAUCGACCAGGAGCGCGCGCCUCCAAGUCGAAAGGGGAAGCGGGGCGCGUGCGCGCGCGCGCAUCUCCGGUAUACGGGAACACACACACGGCAUCCGCAGUGCCGGAGCCUCUCCUCCCGCGGACGGACGGAGCGACACCAUGGUGCGGCGCUGUGUCUGAGGCCCGGGGGGGGGUGUGAUCUGAGAUCGAUUCCGCGAGGUUCCACCGGGUGGUCGUCGUCGUCGUUGUCGUUGUCGUUGUGGCAUCGCGCGAGGCGUGGGGGGGGGGCACCCCGAUCGCGACCAUGAAGCUGCUCUUUGUGCUGGCGCUCUUCCUCCAGGACGCACUUUGCGGAUCUCCGAGCGUGCAGAUCGGUGGUUUAUUCCCCAGGGGUGCAGAUCAGGAGUACAGCGCAUUCAGAGUGGGCAUGGUCCAGUUCGGGAUGACAGAUUUCAGACUAACUCCACACAUCGAUAACCUGGAGGUGGCUAACAGUUUUGCCGUCACAAACUGCUUUUGCUCCCAGUUCUCUCGGGGCGUCUACGCCAUUUUCGGCUUCUACGACAAGAAAUCGGUCAACACCAUCACGUCCUUUUGUGAGACGCUUCACGUCUCCUUCAUCACGCCGUCUUUCCCGGCAGAAGGAAUGAAUCAGUUUGUUCUCCAAAUGAGGCCGGACAUCAAGGGGCCGCUGGUCUCAUUAGUGGAGUACUACAAGUGGGAGAAGUUUGCCUACCUGUACGACAGCGACAGAGGUCUCUCUACCCUCCAGGUGAUACUGGACACUGCGGCGGAGAAAAAGUGGGUCGUAACGGCCAUAAACGUUGGAAACCUGAAGGAUGAGAGGAAGGACGAAGCUUACCGCUCCCUGUUUCAGGACUUGGAGAUCCGUAAGGAGCGGCGCAUCAUCCUGGACUGUGAGCAAGACAAAGUGAAAGACAUCAUGGAACAGGUUAUCACCAUAGGCCGGCACGUGAAGGGAUACCACUACAUCAUCGCCAACUUAGGUUUUGUGGACGGUGACCUCUCCAAAAUCCAGUAUGGAGGAGCGAAUGUCUCUGGCUUGCAGAUAGUAGAUUUUGAUGAUCCUGUGGUGGCCAAAUUUGACCAGAGAUGGGAGGCUUUGGAGGAGAAAGAGUAUCCAGGAGCUGACACACGAAUCAGAUAUACCUCAGCCCUCACUUACGAUGCUGUCCACGUGAUGACCGAGGCCUUCCGCUUCCUGCACAAGCAGAGGAUAGACAUGAGUCGCCGUGGAAACAGCGGCGACUGUUUGGCCAAUCCAGCCGUGCCCUGGGCCCAGGGGGUGGAGAUUGAGCGGGCCCUCAAACAGGUGCGUGUGGACGGCCUAACGGGAAACAUCCAGUUUGAUCAGUACGGAAAGAGGGUUAAUUACUCUGUAACCAUCAUGGAGCUGAAGAACAGUGGACCCGUGAAGAUCGGCUAUUGGAACGAGGUGGAUAAGAUGGUGCUGACAAAGUCCGACCUCUACCCUAACGACUCCAUGGGAAUGGAGAACAAGACCGUCAUCGUUACAACCAUCCUGGAAGCUCCAUAUGUGAUGCUUAAGAAGAAUGCUGAACUCUUCCAAGACAAUGACCGUUACGAAGGUUACUGCGUCGACCUGGCUGCAGAAAUCGCAAAGCAUUGUGGGAUACGCUACCAGCUAAGGAUUGUUGGCGACGGCAAAUACGGAGCACGAGACGCUGAAACCAAGAUCUGGAAUGGUAUGGUCGGAGAGCUGGUGUACGGGAAAGCCGACAUAGCCGUGGCCCCCCUGACCAUCACGCUGGUCCGUGAAGAAGUGAUCGACUUCUCCAAACCUUUUAUGUCUUUGGGAAUCUCCAUCAUGAUCAAGAAACCACAGAAAUCCAAACCGGGAGUGUUCUCCUUCCUGGACCCUCUGGCCUACGAAAUCUGGAUGUGCAUCGUCUUUGCCUACAUCGGAGUCAGUGUUGUGCUGUUUCUGGUGUCCAGAUUCAGUCCUUAUGAGUGGACUCUCGAGGAACCAGAGGACGGAGCGUUGCCCCUGACAACCGAGUCCAACAAUGAGUUUGGGAUCUUUAACUCCCUCUGGUUCUCCCUGGGGGCUUUCAUGAGGCAAGGCUGUGACAUUUCACCCAGGUCUCUUUCAGGGCGCAUAGUUGGAGGCGUGUGGUGGUUUUUCACUUUGAUCAUCAUAUCCUCCUACACGGCCAACCUGGCCGCCUUCCUGACGGUGGAGAGGAUGGUUUCUCCCAUCGAGAGUGCUGAAGACCUGGCCAAACAGACGGAGAUCGCAUACGGGACGCUGGACUCUGGAUCCACCAAGGAAUUCUUCAGGCGCUCUAAAAUUGCCUUGUUUGACAAGAUGUGGCAGUACAUGAAGUCAGCAGAGCCGUCGGUUUUCGUCAAGAAGACGUCGGAGGGCGUCCUGCGCGUCCGGAAGUCCAAAGGGAAGUACGCCUACCUGCUGGAGUCCACCAUGAACGAGUACAUCGAGCAGAGGAAGCCGUGCGACACCAUGAAAGUGGGGGGGAACCUGGACUCCAAGGGCUACGGCAUCGCCACCCCCAAAGGAUCCCCAUUAAGUCCCUCCGCCACCUCAGGAGCUGUAGGAAACCAAUCGGCCAUGGGGAGCAUAGGUCUAGUCCCGAGCCUUAGCGCCAGGGCUUCGGCAGGGCAGCAGAUGUUAGCUAACAGAGAAUCUCAAGAGUUCAAACCAAGCUUCCCACAGAGAGCCGAUUGGGGUCAGGAACUGGGAACAGGACUAAAAAAGUCGGGCCCCUCCGGCGGGAGCCUGAGGGCGCCGCCCCACCGGCAGUGUUGCGCCCCCCCCGAGCUGCUUCCUCUACAGCCUGUUGCACCUGUCUGGUUGAGAGUGCCAGUAAACCUUGCCGUAUUGAAACUGAAUGAGCAAGGAACCCUAGACAAGCUGAAAAACAAGUGGUGGUACGAUAAAGGAGAGUGUGGCUUCAAGGACUCCACCAGUAAGGAGAAGACCAGUGCACUGUCUCUCAGUAACGUAGCAGGUGUCUUCUACAUCUUGGUCGGCGGCCUGGGCCUCGCCAUGAUGGUGGCCCUGGUGGAGUUUUGCUACAAGAGUCGGGCCGAAGCCAAAAAAAUGAAGGUGGCGGCCAACACCUUGUCGUCCCCCCAGCACACAGGGAACUACACACACACUCUGUCUUCUUCUCCUCAACACGCCCCCAACUUCAACCUGCUGUCUCCCAGCCACCAGCCAAACUACGCCACCUAUAAAGAGGGCUACAACGUUUACGGCAUUGAGAGCAUGAAGUUCACGGACGCGAUGCGCUCCAAAGCUCGCCUGUCCAUCACCGGGUCAACCAGUGAGAAUGGCCGUGUCCCAGUGGCUUACCUCCGCCCAGGAUUACCCAUGAGCCUCAGCAUGACAGAUCUCUCCUGACCACACCCAGUCAGUGCCUUACAGCCGGUCCACACCUUCACCCCCCCCCCCUGCCCACCCAACCACCCCAUAAGUGGACACAAAUGCUAGUCCCCAGUCACCGUGGGCCAUCUGUCCUGAUCUUUUUCUCUGGAGUUCGCAGCUUU